UUAGCUUAGUAAAGUAAUCUGUAAAUGAUUUUCCCUUUCCCCUUUACUUUUGUUUACUCUGACGUCAUUCACCAGGAGCCUUCACGUGUUCGUAACCAGGAAGCGAGUUCAAGCAUGUGUCGCAUGUAUUUCUUUUUCUUCUCUGCCUUCGUAACUCAUUUUCGCUUCUGUCAUCGGGUUACAGUUUGGGUUUAAGAUAAUUCCAAAAUAUUACUACUAAUAAUAACGAGUUACCAGUGCGACCGUAACAACAUUAUUCUUGAUUUUUACUACGCCCCCAGACUCUCGCACUCGUCUUGAUCAACAAAAAACAACCAUAAAGGGGAUAUUUGCAGCGAAACAAGAGGCCUCUGGAGAUUUUUGAGUAAAAAUAGGGUAUUCCUUUCUGCAGAUGAUGCCUCUGGACCCCGCAAAACAGCAGCUGAGUGAAAAGCAACGGAUUUCGCCAGAAAUGUGUGAGACCGAGCUGGAUGAGGUUUCAGAGCUGAUGGAUCUGCUGCGCAUGGACCUGGAGGCUGAUGGAGAGGAAGGAAAGGCUGGGAGAAGAGAUGCAGCGUGUUCCAAGAACGUACUGAGGAAGCAGCGACACUGGGAGAGGCAGCUGGCUGCGAAGAAGAGCAAACGAAAAGAAGAGAAACAGAGGAGGAGGUUGAAUCGGGCCCAGGAGUCCGGUGCUAACACAGACCCCGCUCAGUUUACCAAGCGAGUCAUGAAGGCAAUCACCAAAGAGCGUUUAGCAGCGGCUCGGUCCACAGGUCUCAAGCUCUGUGUGGAUCUCAGCAUGACGGACUGCAUGUCGGACAAGGAGAUAAGCCGACUUGCAGGCCAGUUAAGACGGCUGUACGGAUCUAAUAAAAAGGCGACUCGGCCAUUCCAUCUGUUCCUGACAGACUUAAAAGAGGACAGUCGACUCUACCGGGAGUGUGUUCGAAUGAACGAUGGCUUCCUCAGCUACACUAUGGAGAUAACAGAGGAAAGCUGUUUAGACCUGUUCUCUUCAGAAACCAUUGUUUACCUCACCCCAGAUGCUCAAGAAGCUUUGGAAACGGUGGAUGCUGACAAAGUGUACGUCCUUGGCGGUCUGGUGGAUGAAAGUAUCCAGAAGAAGCUGAGCCAUUCAAGAGCCACAGAACUCAGCGUCCACACCACCAGGCUCCCUAUAGAUGAGUACAUGGUGAAGAAAAACAAUGUGAAGAAUUUCCACUCCAAAAUCCUCGCCGUUAAUCAAGUGUUUGACAUCUUGUUGAUGUUCUCGGAGACCGGCAGCUGGACACAAGCACUGCAGAUGUGGUUUCCUGCAGGAAAGGGUUAUGUCAUCUCACAAGAAAGCUCAACAUGUUUUCCUGCUGCAACACAGACUCAACAGGAGGAGCAAUGAGGGAAUUAGUAUCAUGUUUUUUCCAGAGGUUCAUAUAGACGGACAAUAAGCUGCAAAGACUCCUGAUAUUGCCUGCUAGAAGGUGGUACUCUAUGCCGUAUUUAUGGUUUAUGCUACUUGGCACCCAGUUAUUAGGUCUCAAAGUUAGGAAACCAAACAUGCAUUUAGUGUGUUUGCUUUCCUAUCAGUCUUACUUACGCUAAGACUCGAUAGAAAUGUUAGAGCUCAGCCAGCUGGGUGACAAGCUUUAGGUCCAGACUGUUUUUUCAGACGCCUCUCUGAUGUUUUCUUCAUGGAGAGCUUUCUAUUGUCCUCCUGCCUCACAGAAUAAUUCCACUCCCUCCUUGGGUGUUUUUUUGCUUUUUUAAAGCAAUUAUAAAGUCUCUUCCAAAUAGUUUGUCACGUGCCUUUCCUCGCUCCCAAUGAUGUAUGAAAUGUAACAUUUAAAGCUCUAAUUCAGAAUACAUAUUGAUAGAUGGAAAUUUGACAGAAUAGUUCAGUAAUUUCCAUUGUUGUAAUUAUUUUUUAUAUUCUGGUAAAUGUCCUUGUAGGAAUUAAUUGAGAGUGGUCAUUCAAAGACAUUUAUUUAUAGAAAGUUGAAAUAUUUUACCAAACGCAUCCUAAUUUAACCCUUUCAUUCGGUAAUCACAACAGUGGAUAACUAUCCAAAACCAGUCUUCCUGUAUGUGUGUGUGGUGGUGGAUGGUAUGCAUUUACAAAAGCUACUUCAUUGGACUAAUCUGGAAUAUUGAAACAUUUUGUAUUUCAUUCUUACUGCGUUUUCAUUUGUUGUUGUGAGACAUGCUGAACAAAGAAGGAAGAACUGAGUUUCACAGAUAUGACUGCAGAUGUUCUACCAACAUUGGUAAUGGAAACGUAACAUUUACUUUUACUACAUUUACAGUUAACUGGUACUACGGACUGCCCCUAGGUGAAGAUGAGUAUUUUGUGACCAGUCAAUGUUAUGUACUCUCUGUUACUCCUAUGAAUAAAGGAGGAAAAUUCUGGCGUUUUGCAUUCA